UCCUUCUUCUAUCAAAAACUCCAUUUCCCUCAUUUUCCCCCAUCAAUUCCCUCGGAACCUGUGGUUCUAGGGAGCUCUCCACACCAUACACCGGGUUUACAAGUCGACACUGUCUAUAUCUUGAAGAACAACACCUUCACCCUUUCGACAUAACAGAAGAAAAACCCUCCGACCGUCAUCAUGGGCCCGUCUCUGAGAGACCCCGCGUCUUACGUCCGUCCGUCUACCCGCGAUCGGCCUUCGACGCGCGACCAAGGAGAAAACUCGCUGGUCGUUCCUAGUCGCACCUCCUCGCUGCAUUCCCGCAUUACCCAACCGAUUCCUUCCCAGAUGAACGCGAAGCCUGUCCAACGAACUCCGAAGACUCUUACUCAUGCUUAUAUGGUCUGCGGUGUUGGCCGCGAGCCGUCCCAAUGGGUUCGCGCUCCGGCCCCUGCCCAAGGCAAGAUUGCCCAUAUGAAAGGAGCUGUCAGCCAGUUCUGGUUACCUGAGAUCCUGGGGAGCAGUCCGCGGCUGGAACAAGAUAACGAGAUUGCUAAAUCCUUGCAUUCGGCCAUGAGGGCUUGUUUUCCUCACGAUGUCGAGAUUUGCACCGGCAAGACUCAGCCACACUGCGUACACCACGCUUUUGUCCUGCAGCAAGAUUCCUCUCACACACUCUACGGUAUCGCUUUGCGGGUCUGGUCCCGCGCCGACGACAAGCGCGCUGAAACCAUCCGGGAGUUGCGGAAGAAGACUGAACAGGAUUUCUACGACAAUCCCGAGGAGACGUACUGGAUCCCCUACUGCUUGAGCUUCCUUUCUCGCUACCCUCUGUACGACCUUCUGGGCGACUAUUUGCGUGGCAUGUGGAUCCACUGGAACAAGGCGACCAACUUGUUUCACGCUGAAGAAGUCUCCCGCAUUUUGAGCUUUCCCGCCCCCCGUUUGAACGACCUAGUCCGCAUCGAUAUGAAGGACUAUGCGCUAUGUUACCAAUUUCCCUCGUCUCCCACGGGCUUCCAGAACUUCUCCAUGUGGCCCUUGUUCAACUGUCUGUCCAUUCCGAACAUUGUCGGAGUCAUUGAAGCUGCUGUGUCGCCCACUCGUCGGAUUAUAUUUGUCAGCCACUAUCCGGCGAUGCUCACAAUGGCCGCUGAAACUAUCCGGUAUUGCGUUCGCAUCUACGAGUGGAGCGGUCUGUACGUCCCUAUGGUUCACGCGCGCCACGUCAAAGACCUGGUUCAGGAACCCGGCCCGUACAUUCUCGGUAUCACCGCCGAGUGCCGGUCCCUGUUCAACGCCCCUUCAGAUGCCUUGGUCAUCGAUCUCGACCGGAACUUUGUUCUUACCUCCAGCCCACCUAGCGUUCUGAGCCCCGGUCAACGCACCAAAUUCAUCAACCGUCUGACUCAAGCCCUGAAUGGUGAUGUCUCGCCUUCCGGUGUCCCUAACCAUCUGCGCUCCGCUUACGCGGGUGGCAAACUCAUCCCCGCUGGCCAGAUCAUUGUCAUGCGGGGAGAGGUGGAAAGUGUCCAGGAUCCAUCCUGGUGGAACCAAGAUGCGAUCAUGAGUGUCAUGGAUCAUGUGUGCGAGAAACUGGGACGCAACACUGGCAUGAAGGCAAUCUUUGGCGGCUCAGUCAAGAAGCCUUUGAUGACCAAGGUCUCCAUGAGACAUCUGAAUGAGAUUGUGCGCGAGAGAAACCAAUACUCACGCGAUGCCAUGGAGGCCUGGCAAGAUUUCAUUAACCUGAAGGGUCGUAUGGACACGGAGUUGACCAAGGUCACCAAGCGCAACAACUUCUUGGUAGAGGAAUUGGAGACUUGGAAGCAGCAGUUCCUCAAGUUCCAGGCCUUUGCCGAACAACUAACCAAGGAGACCUCUGAGCUUAAGGUUAAGAUUGAAAACCACAAGCGCGAAAACCGCCGUCUUACUGGUCUUAUUGAUCAGCAGAAGGAUGACGUGGCUCGUCUUACGUUGCGCCUGUCCGGUACAGAGAAGCAGCGCGAUGAUGCCCUUGAGGCGUUGGUGCUGCAACAGGAAAUUGCUGAGGAAUUGGAACGUGAACGCAAGCGUAACCAAAAUGAGCUCGCAUCCCUGCAACACAGCAAUGCGUCUCUGUCUCGGCAGCGUGACGACGCGCAGCGGGUGGUUUUGCAUCUACGUAGCCUUAUUAACGGCCAAACACACCACAUGGAGCAUAUUGUUCGCUCGAUUAGCAGUUCUGCGGAGUUGUCCGGACUCGCGGAACAAGAGACGGUUGAGGAGACGAAGGAGAUCGAGGUGGAGACACCCAAGGAGCCUGCGAGCUCGCGCUCAUUUGCCACGGAGUCAGCAAAGGCCCCCAGCAGCGAGCCGAACUCAGAUCUGGAGCAGCAUCUCCUGAACAUUGGUAACGGGCACAAUCGUCUUGCACGUUUGAGUAUAACUGAUGUUGCAGAUCGGUACCUGCGUGACAAGACUGAUGCAAUUUCGGAUAUUAUCCGCAGUAUUAGCGAGCAGUGCGCCGCCGCGGUCGAAGGUCUGCAAUUGGCGCAGGACGCAGAGGAUGAUGAUUUCGACGAGCAUGGUCGGGCAACCCCGUCCGGCAACCGCUUGAUGCCUGGGGCCCACGAUGGGCUUCUGACUCCCGCUGGCAGCGAGAUGGGGGAUGGUGACAAUAACUCGUUGCACCCGGACCACCGCCACUCUAGCAUUCCCCCAACGCCGGACUUGGUUCACAAUCGCUCAAGCACUUCGAUGUCUAUGGUCAGUAGCUCGACCUUUCAAGAGAGGUCGAGUCAGCAGUAUGGCGUUAGUGAGAUUCCGACUCGGAUAGUCGAGGACAACGAUGAACGUGCCCAUGAGACGGAAGGCUUCGACGAUCACUCCGAAGCUGGCACUCUUUCGAAACAGGCUAGCGAGGAUCUCAUGCAGUCUAGCACCCCCAGACUGGUUGUCUAAAUACGCUUUGGCUCGGCGACGCGACGCCUGUUUCCAAUGAAUUGUGACACGACAUCUGCUCUUACACCGUCCCGUCUGAUUCAGAGCGAGUUGUAGCCAUGUUUUGGCAUUUUCUUAUUAUUCUUCGUGUCGAAACUUCCGG